CACAGUGGCUGUUAUCAGCCACUGGGUAGAAAGCGGCGCACACCUCUCGACACCCCUGAGCCACUCACACCGGUGUUGCUCCUGGUCGUCUUUACGACGGCAGUUUCAGGGGCCCAUCUAGUCAGCGGCAAGUCACCGCCUGCUUCAAUAACGUGUUUAAGCAUUGUUAUGGCAGGUGUCCGGACCUCUUUACAAUAGCCCAAUCUUUUGACCAGCCAAAGUUCAACACCAUAACCGGCCCUCUUAUCCACUUUAUUUACAAUAGCCCCUACACCAGCUGGGACCGAUUUACGGGUAUCUAUUUGUACCCGUGAAUGGGUUCUAGCUGGUGUAUUACAUAACAUCAAAUUUGUCUAAAAGGGCCUCUGCGCUGUUGGCUUCGGCCCCACGCAUGCCUCCCAAAGGUCCGGGCCCCAUGGUCCCGAGAUAUGGAAAGACAUACAAAUAAUAAUAAUAAUAAUUCAGCCUAUAUACGUCCCACUGCUGGGCACAGGCCUCCUCUCAUGUGCAAGAGGGCUUGGGCUAUAGACCCCACGCUAGCCCAAUGCGGAUACGGACCUUGACACUUACACCUUUAUAAUUAAAUAUAUUCGUCAAUAGGUUAGCAAACUAUUAAAAUAAAGCGUUAAAUAUUAACUAUGACAUGACGAAUUCACAACAAAAACAAACUAAAAUACUUGAUCAAACUACUUACCAUUAUUGGCGGAACAAACACAACACGUAUUGAUACGUCUACACGAGCAAAGCGCACUGAUUUAGGUAGUUCCCGGCGGAGUCAGGCGAGCGACGCCAUAUUGCCAGCCGUGCCGAGCGCGCCCGACGUUAGCCGAGCGCGACCCGAAGUGGCUCCGGCAGUCAUCGGGACUCCAGUUUCAUUCGCUACAUCGAUCGAUCACCGUGUGGCUCGUGAGUUUAACAACACCACUGCUUUCACAAGAAUAAUACCUUCUAAAGACAUAACCAUCCGUGAUGCUAUCUACAUCACACCUGAACUCAUGUUUGUUGGCAAAUCGAACGGCGAUAUUUUUAGAUGUCUGUACAAAGAUCCCAGUGUCUGCGAGAUGUUCUACUCCUACAGCAGCUCUACAUCUGUCACUGCAAUAGUUAUUAAUGGAGAGUAUCUUUAUGCAUCGUUGUUUAACGGGGUUAUGCUGAGAUGCGGCUUAUACGAGAAAAACUCUUGCACGACAUUCAAUAACCACAAUCAGAUGAAUGCCUUGGUCAUAUCAGGAGGAUAUAUACACGCGGGUAUGCAAGAUGGACGAAUGCUGAGGUGCGAGCUUCACCAACCGAACACAUGCAAGAGUUUCAAUACUUUCAACGGUGCUGUAACAGCAUUAGCGGCCACGGAGAAGUACAUCUACGCCGCGUUGGUUUCAAGGGAUAUCUGGCGCUGUUCAGUAAGUUCAGAAAACAGUUGUCGCUUGUUUGAAAGUGGCUCAGCGUUGUACAGUGAACUACGAGGACUCACAGCUAGAAAAUAUUCCGUUAUUGGUGUUACGAAUGGUGGUACGAUGUGGAACUGUACUCAAGGUCAUCCUUGCACGUCAAAUUCACUGACUGGCUCAGGUUACACGAACACGGCAGUUUUUGACGGUUCCCUUUACGCGGUACAUUCUUCAAACAUAGUGAAAUGCGAAUGGGAUGCGUUUAACUGCUCAGGGUACGAUGUUCACCAGAGUUCUGUAAGCAUUGCAUUUGCCUAUAAAACUUAUAAAAUGCAAGAGAGAUUCGCAAACGAAGGGAAGACAUGUUUGUCCGACGCUCGGUGUCCGCCAUUUAUGACUUAUUACAACAUUAACGAAAGACCGAUUCUGGAGGUGUUCGUCAAAGAAGGAAGACUGUAUAAUUCGCAAGGGAUUUUAGUGGACACGAGAGAAGCUGAUAUCGGACAGUCGGGGCGAGCGGCGAUAUUUGCCAUGGGAGCAGAUGGUCAAAUCUUACUGUCAAAUGUGCAUAACACUGUUCUGCGGACCUCCAGCCUGUUUGCUGGUCACCCUGUGGCCUCCGCUGGUGAGAUGGUAGUCGAAGAAGGCGUUAUAAAGUCUAUAAGGGCAUGCUCCGACCACUACCGGCCCGACGUCGAGCUGAAUCAGCAGGUGGUCGAUGUUUUAAAGAUGACAGGGUACACGGACAGGAUUGAGUCUCUCCCGUGUUGCAGUGACAACGUGUGUGGCCAGGAAAAUGUGGAAGAAAAUACAGUUGAGAAUCAAUAGCUGAUUUUUCUACCUUCUGUCUGUACUCUGUACACUGCCGAGUCAUACACCAAAACGGGCGAUGUGUCAAUGUUGUAUUAUGUUGGUCUUAAAGGUAUGUAAUUUUUAGGCCCUGGACUCAAGAAUAAAGUUUAUUUUAUUUGUU